CUCCAACAGAGACUGUCGGUAUUUUAUUUAAUUUCUGUAGAACGAAGAGAAACGAUCGACUGAGGCUUUUCGAAUUUUCUGACCAAGAGGAAUCGUACAGAGCCCACUUGAGGUUCUCCAUCUGUCAAGGAAGUCAUGGAAGAUGUCGCUGCGCUCCACUCCAUUCUUCCGCCAUUCUAUUUUUUCCCAGGCGUUCGUAAAUUCUCGAAGCGCUCCGAAUACAUCCAGCUCUUGGUGAUCACAAAACUCGGUAUUUUGUAUCCAAAAAGUGGUGGGAGAAGGAGGCAAAAGAGAAAAUUAUGACAAAGACACAGGGAGACGCAAGUACGUGAGUGUCUGCGAGUUUUUCUGGAGAAUUGCGUGAUACGGUGUGCGCCCCGUGUAUCCAAUCCUCCAGAUUUUUCCAUAAUCAUUACAGAUAUACCCUUUCGUGAAAUGUAUACAACGCAUUAUCAUCGGUGAUAAGUUGUUGUGAAUAUUGUGGAAUGGACGACCACUUUUUGGAGCUGAUGUUUGGAUACAUGGGGAUGAUAAAAGUAUAGAACAUGUUGGGUGACGAUCCACCGUACUUGUCAGUGGGCACUGAAGUAAGUGCCAAAUACAAAGGUGCUUUUUGCGAGGCAAAAAUCCGAAAAGUCGUGCGUUCAGUAAAAUGCAGAGUGACGUACAAACAGGGUCUGGGUACAGCGACAGUGACAGAUGAGCAAAUAAGAGGUACCCUCAGAGUUGGUGCAUCUGUUGAGGCACGACAUGCUGACAAAAAGGACUUUGUCGAAGCAACAAUCACGAAAAUUCAGGAUUGCAGUCAAUACACUGUUGUCUUCGAUGAUGGUGACAUAACGACAUUGAGAAGAACUGCAUUGUGUUUAAAGAGUGGUCGGCACUUUGCCGAAUCAGAAACUCUCGAUCAGCUGCCUCUGACACAUCCUGAACAUUUUGGAAAUCCUGUUAUCGGAGGAAGACGAGGGAGACGUUCGAGGCAAGCACAGGAUGACAGUAGCGAGGAUGAGGAGAGUCCACCCAGGGGUAGUCCAUCGGGAUCGGGAAUUGGAGGAAAAGAGGGCCUGGAAACCGAACCCGAGAUUGGCAGAGUCGUUUGUGUGGAGUUGGGGGACAAGAAGAAGAAGGACAACUGGUUUCCCGGGCUUGUUGUUGCUCCAACUGCCCAGGAUACCGUCAGGAUCAGAGUGAGAGACGAUUAUCUUGUUAGAUCUUUUAAGGAUGCCAGGUAUUACACAGUCCCUAAGAAAGAAGCUACUGAAUUUACGAAAGAAUUGGGAUUGAAAGUGGAGAACAGUACGCUGAAGCUCGCGGUAGAGAAAGCCCUUCUGUUUCUUGAGAAAAAUGAACUUCCUCCCCAUUGGGACAGGGAUUCUCUCUUCGGUAAUUCCCUGUCAAGUGGCAACAGCGACACAGACGCUGAUUUGGAUUCAGAUAGCUCUGACGACGAACCCCGAGAGGAGAAGGAUCACUUUGUAGCACAAUUGUACAAAUUUAUGGACGACAGAGGAACUCCAAUCAACAAUUGUCCAAUGAUAGGAUCAGAGGACAUUGAUCUGUAUCGUCUAUUCAGAGCUGUUUACAAACUCGGCGGGUACAAUCGUGUCACUAAUCAGAAUCAAUGGAAAUCUAUAACACGAAGACUUGGAUUAUCAACUCAUGCAAAUUUGAGUACUCACAAUCUCGUGAAACAGGCGUACAAAAAAUUUUUACACUCCUUUGAGGAUUUCUACAGGAAAUUGGGAUGUACCAUGGUGAAUCAUCCACGGGGAAGCAUAAGAAAACAACGACCUGGUAGAAGUUUAAUCAGGGAUAAAGACAGAAAUACACCAGUACCACCUAUGCUCCAGAAAUCAGAGAAAGAGAAAGAGCCAGAUGAGGAGAAAAAAAUUAUUUCUGAGGAGGAGAAAAAGCCAAUAGUACCUGUUGUUUCUCCAAUAGAAGAUGAAGCCCCCAAGCAAUCGGUGAAGAAGAAAGAACCAAUUGAAGAGCAAUCGAUAUCAGGUCCCGAGUCUGAUGUGAAUAUCGAGGUGGAGAGUACCGCGGAAUCUUCUAGCUCUGAAAAAUCACAAAAACCAUCAAGAUUCACUCCAGUUCCCUCCAAUCGGUUUAAAACCAUUACAAAACCUAAGGAAGAACCUAAAAAGAAGCUACAUGAUAAGAAGAAGCAGGAGAAUGCCUCAUCCUCAUCGUCGACGUCAUCACAAUCCAGUUCAAGUGCCUCAACAGCACCUGUUGUGAAAAAGGAUAAGAGUAAGGACGAGGAUUCGACCAAGACACGUUCAAAAUCAAAGGAGGACAUGAAAUCCAAGGAGUCCAGGGAGAUUCGUGAGACAUCACGUGAGUCGGAAAAAACUAAAGGCAAUUCAACGAAACAACGUAGAAUGAUGGAGGACGAAUUGAAGAAGCAACAGAGGGGAAGAAAGAAGAGAAAGGACAGUGAAAAAUCCAGAGAUAAGGAUGACAACAGUGGAACUGAAUCAUCAGCACCUUGUUACAAGGGUCCCAUACAACUUGGUGAUCGUCUAAAGGUAUAUUACGGCCCCACUCAUGAAUCUAAAGUCACUUAUGAAGCUAAAGUCAUUGAAAUUCAGCGAAUUGACGAGGGUGCAGAGCUGGAUUAUCUUGUUCAUUAUACAGGAUGGAAUACUCGUUACGAUGAGUGGAUAAAGCCCACCCGAAUUGCUCAAAAUUUUACCCAGACACAGGGACGCGUCAAGAGAACAAAAGUAACACCUAGACCACAAACACCCAGCACAAAUUCCAGUGUUAAAUCAUCAAAGACUCCGAGCGUUCAGCAAACAGGAAGAAGAAGAGCACAGAGCGUUGCACCAAGUGGUACUAAGAAUUCAUCAUCAGGAUCAUCAACUGGUGGUUCAUCUUCAUCGACAUCGGGUGGUGGAAAAGAGAAGGAUAAGGAUAAAGAUAAAGAUAAAGAACCAACGAGAUCAACAACACCGUUAUCAGUUGCUAGUUCAAGUUCAAGAACAAAAUCACCAGCAACUCCAGCAAGUAGACCAACACGUAAUGCAACGAGAAAUCUUGAACAAAUGGGAAUUGAAUUGAGAACCCGAAGAACACGGAGAAUGUCCGGGCAUACCGAUUUAUCAGUUGCUACUGAGAGUGAGGAUUCGGAUGCUUAUGAAACUGAUAAUACAGAGCCAGAACGAGCGAGAACUAGGUCACGAGGAACUGAGGAACGAAGACGACGAGAGGUUAGACGUAGGGUUGAGGAUAGAAUAAAACCUGAUGAAAAUUCGGAAGUUGAUGAUGAUAAAGAUCCUGGAGAAGAGCCACCUAGGAGAACUAGGAGAUUGAGACGAGCGGUUAAGAAAAAUCAGGAUACCAAGUCAGAGGAGGCUGAGAGUGGAAGUGGUUUAUUUGCUGAUGAAACUGAUGAACCGGAGGAGAAUGAUGAGGACAAUGAUAAUGAUGAGGAUGAACCAGAGGAGAAUGAAUCGGUUGUCGAUAGGUUUGACAAGUCCUCGAGUCAUGAGGAAGCUCCGAAGGGCCGGGAUUUUGAUCUCAAUCAAAUUAGGUCGGAAUUGAAAGGAUUUGAUAAAGCUGUCAAGCUCGAGACCAUCAGAAUUGAGCCUGAGAACUCGGGAGAUGAAGAUGUCAAAUCCAAAGUUGAGAAUUUUGAGAAAGAUGUCAAGUCUGAGGUUAAGGAUAUCAAGAAAGAGCUGGAUGAGGAGGAGGUGGAUGUGGAGGUGAAGCCAAUUGUUGAGGAAGUUGUUGCUAAACCUCCCGCCUCGCCCUCACCAACUACAGAGGAUGUUUAUGAAUUCAAGGAGCCGGAACCCUUUGAGUUUGAGGUACGAAAUAAACGUGAUUCGGGGGGAGAUAAAGAUAAAAGUGGAUUGAAAAAGAGAGUCUUUGAUGAGGAGCUGAAGAGCCCCAAGAAAAAGCAGAAAACUAUUCCCCCUGUGGUUAUGAAGGAGGUCAAGUCCGAACCAAUGGCGAUUGCAUCAAUAUCCAUAUCUCCGUCGGUUGCUAGUGCUGGAGAAAUUGAGACGAAGAAAAAACCAAAGAGAUCACCGGUGAUAAAACGUACUGAGGAGACUGAAAUUCCUGAGACGAGUGUCAUAAAGUCAUCUCCGAAGGAAUUUGAUAAAUCUGUUGAUGUAAAAACAAUUGCACCAGUUUCAUCCGUCGUCUCCUCUCCUUAUAUCCCUGAGGAUGUUCCGAAAUCAAUUGUCAAUUCAGACAUUUUGUUUCGAAAUAUACCAGGAAAUGAUGAAAAUACAGCUGAUGCAGAUGAUCUAGACGACAGGCUUGUGAUAUCAGAAUCAGAAAUCACAGAAAUCGAUGAGAAACCUGUCCUCACCUUCCAACUAUCGUCUUUCAUGUCAACAGAGGUGGACAAGGUCGAGCCUUUGAUGAAGGAAGAGAAGAAGGAAUUGCCGGUGACGAGUAAGGAAAAAGAGGAAAAGAUACUGAUUCCCAUGAGUUUACUCCCGAGUACGAUAAUUGUCUCGACAUCGACAAAUGUCAUUUCAAAUACGACACUCUCAGCAACAUCAGCUAUUGAACGAAGAAUUCUGGAAGCUAAACUUCCAUCAGUGGUGUCAUUGAGCCCUAGCACAUCACUGGUACCAGCACCAAUCAGUGCUAGACUUCCAGCAACCUCCACCAUCGAGGAAAAAUUGUCAGCAGCAGCGUUGGCUUUUAGACAACAAAAACCCAAAGACUCGAAACGAGAUGAUGAUGCUGAGCAAAAAAGAAGGGAGAGUAUGAAGAAGAAUGAGACAAUGAAACGUGGUAAAGCAAUUAAUGACUCUGUCGAUGCACACUGUUCAAAGCAACAGAGACCCGAUGACAAGAAGAAAGAUACUGAUGAUAUUUGCUCGGCAGAAGUCCUGAGAACAGCUGUAAAACACAAGGAAGAUGAAUUUGAACAAGCGAAAGUGCGAAAAGAUUCUGAUGUUAAGAAGUCUGCAGAAGUUAAGGUUAUUGAUCAUCGUCGAAUAAUUGAGAAACGUCAGAUUGAUCCGUUGAAGGAAAUAUCAGAGUCCACAGAGUUAGAGAAGCAGAAGAGAAAAAAAAUACUGACUCACGAAUUUGUGGACUCGACCGACUCCAGUGAUUCAGAACAAAAAUUAGUGAUUGAUAAUUGUGAUGAUAAAUGUGAUAAAAUAAUCAAGACCGAGAAGCCAGAUAUUCCCAUUUUUGACGUGAAAAUAAAAACAAAUUUGGAUGUUAAUCCUCCAGAUCAGAGUUAUCAAUUGGAUCAGAAGAGUUGUUUGUCAGCUGUUGUCGUUAAACAUGAAGAGGAAGGGGAGAAUAUGAAUUUACUGUGUGAAGAGGAGAUUCCAGGCUCUCCAACUCCAGCUAUGGAGGUGUUGGAUCAAGAGGAUCCUAAUGAACGAGGCCUUGGAAAGGACAAACUCGAUAAGAAGAUUGUUCUUCUUGAGAUGCCAUUUGCAAGUGCUCCAUCAUCUGGAGGGCAGAGCACAAGUCAAGGAUCGGGCUUGUCGAUGACUGUGGCGAGCUCUUGUGGAGUACAGGCUGCUCCCAACCAUGGAAUAUUGACUGGAGUGCGACAACAACCGGUUCAGGCACCGGUUCAACCGGUACAGGGAGCUGUUCAGGCACUUCAGGUGAUUCAGAAUCAUAAUAGAAGAGAGACUAAUGAAGCUGCGCCUGUUAUGGAUAAUACACCCCCGACUACACCUGAUUCAACGAUUUCAAAUGUAUCGGAGUCACCAAGGGAUGAGGAGAGAGCUGGGGGAUCAUCUCCGACGUCUGAGGACACUGUCAAGAGUAGAGAUGAGGGUGAGGGGGAAGAGGCCAAGGGAAGUGGGUUCAAUGAUGGAAUCGAUGAGGUUCUUGGCGGGGAUGAGGGCGGCGAUAUGUUGGGAAUUGAAGGGGCCAAGGUAAGUGGGCCAGUGAAGAGGCCUGUUGAGGAUCCUGGGACGCCCAAAAAGAGGAAGAGGAACAGAAAAAAUUCAGACUGUGGAAAGGAGAAGAAGGGGGGGAGAACUAGUGGAAGAAUUACGAGGCAGGGAGCUGGUGGCAGUGACAGUGAUGAUACUAGCGAGGGAUCCAAUACUGGGGGGAGUGGACAUGGUGGAGGAUCUGAUGGAGUUGUCAAUGGAAUGGGGGAAACGUCGCUGGGGAGAGGAGAUCAUAAGUCGUUGAAGUACAACUUUUUUGUUGAUCUGGAUCCUGAGCUCGAUGGAUGUCAGAGGAUAGCGGUACUGCAACAGAAAUUGUCGGAAAUUAAGAAGACUUAUAAUAUUGUGAAAACUGAACUUGCGGCGAUCGAGAGGCGGAGGAAGAAAUUGCGGAGGAGAGAACGUGAAGCUAAAAAACUGUCAAUAGCAGCUAUGAAAGCUGCCAAAGCCGAGAUGCAACAGGCCUGUGCUUAAAUGACAAAAAAAAUUUAUCAUUUUGACACAAUUAAUGUAAAUAAUGAAAUUGAAGUUUAUUCACAAAUUCAAACGCACUUUGGAGCAAAGUUGAUCAACUUUGAUUCUUGUACCCAUUAAUUCGUUAAUUUACUGUCACUAUUGUCUAUUGGUAAUUGUAGAUAGGGAGAUGGGAGCAGCUAAUUGUUCACCACCUAGCGUUAAUAAAUUAAAUAACUCAUUAAUGUAAUUGAGUUGAUGAAUGAGAAAGUAAAAAUUUUACAAUCUUUGCGAAUUAAAAAAUCGACUGUAUAGAAUACGAUUUACAAACUAUUUAUCUAGUUGAUAAAUCAAUCCAAAUGAAUUUAUUGGUUCACAAUGAAAUUGUACAUUAUAUUUGAUUUAUUGUUUUUUUUUGUUUAGAAAUACUGUAAAUAAUUAUAUCUUGUGUUUGAACUCAAAAAUAUAUACAUUUCACACUCGCUUUGCUUUUAACGUGAGAUAUUUUCGCAAAGAUUGCCCACGAAAUUUUGAUAUUUACAGUAGUAAAUGAUAAUUAGCUCAAAAUUUAGGUAACGUUGAUAUAAAAAGAAUGAGAUCAAUUCUCUUUUUAUUCUCGUACGAUAUUUAGAUUAUAAUCAUGUGAAUAAUUUUGAUUAAGAGUUUCCUAUUUACAGUUUAUUCAUACAAAAGAACAAAACAAUUGUGGAAUAUUACGUGUUUAGAGUACGCAUUAGGUGUUGAAAGUGUUUUUUCAAGAAUGAAAAUGUUGAGGAGUGCUAAAGGAUACUGGAUAAAUGUAAAGAGCAUGAAAUAAUAAAUGAUAAUUGAAGGAAAA